CACCCCCGCUCAUCUUUCCAUCAGGAGAGUUUAUGGAGAGCCUGCAGGACCCAGACCUGAACGUGCGCCGGGCCACGCUGGCUUUCUUCAACUCAGCUGUGCACAACAAGCCCUCUCUGGUCCGGGACCUGCUGGAUGACAUCCUGCCCCUCCUCUACCAGGAGACAAAGAUCCACAAGGACCUCAUCCGAGAGGUGGAGAUGGGGCCCUUUAAGCACACGGUGGACGAUGGGCUGGAUGUGCGGAAGGCAGCCUUCGAGUGCAUGUACUCGCUGCUUGAGAGCUGCCUGGGCCAGCUGGACAUCUGCGAGUUCCUGAACCACGUGGAGGAUGGCCUGAAGGACCACUACGAUAUCCGGAUGCUGACCUUCAUCAUGCUCGCCCGACUGGCUACCCUGUGUCCCGCACCUGUUCUGCAGAGAGUGGACCAGCUCAUUGAGCCACUCAGGGCCACCUGCACCGCCAAGGUCAAAGCCGGUUCCGUGAAGCAGGAAUUUGAGAAGCAAGACGAGCUGAAACGCUCCGCCAUGAGGGCUGUGGCCGCCCUGCUGACCAUCCCGGAAGUAGGGAAAAGCCCCAUCAUGGCUGACUUCUCUUCCCAAAUCCGAACCAACCCCGAACUUGCUGCCCUCUUUGAAAGCAUCCAGAAGGAUUCUGCUUCAGCCCCCAGCACAGACUCGAUGGAGCUCAGCUAGUCCUCCCCCUGCCCCCAGGUGGGCCCUUACUCAAGAGAAGGGCGCCUACCCAAUCCCCAGGCCUCACCGGUCCCCCUGCCUGCCACAAGCCCUUUCAUCUCCCUGGGGGCCCUCCUGCUCCUGGUCGGGGCUUACAGUGCCUUCUCCAGGGACCCCAACUCGAGGCCCCCAGCAGGAGCUGCAAGGCUGCCAACAGUUGGGCCCUUUAACUCAGGACAGGCAUUCAAAGAAACAGGGCAGCCCUUCCGAACAAACACGGAUGUGUGACUGUGACUUCACAUGGGGUGGAGGUCUGUACCUUCAAAGCGGGGAGUCCCUGCCUCACAAAGGACUAAGUGUUUAGAAAUACUCUUGUGCUCACAGUUGCGGAAGGUUAGGAGGCAGCCGGCUGGCCUUCCUGCCCACCAGUGUCCCAGAAUUGUCACUCACACCUCUCCCACUUUUCACUUCACUUGAUCUAAUAGGCAAAACAUUAGUGCUUCAGCUGGGCAUCUUAAAGACUCAAGCUCCUUAUCUGAGCUGUUCACAUUUUAGAAUUCAAAAUGCUUUACUUUCUAAUUGGCAGUAAUGAAUCUGAAAUUUGGUUUUUUGCAGGGGGAGGGGGUCAGGAUAGGGAAUUAGAUCUAAUUUUUUUCUAAUUUCAAAACCCUUAUAUAGCCAACUGGGAAAUAAACACAAAGAAAGUACAGACCACCUUUCAUGUCACCCACCAAGGUGUAACCAGUUGGUUUGUGUCCUUCUAAGGAAGAUUUUGAACAUGUUGUUUCUAGUUUUUAGUAUCUAAGACACAAAUAUUAAGCAAUAGGCUAAAGAAUUUUCUGUGCUAUCCCAGGUUAAUAAAGGAGAGAUCCUAGUGUUACGUUUUCUCUGCACACUUCCUCUACUCAGUAGACCGCUGUUAGUAUACUUCCCAAGUCAAUUUAAAGAAAUUAUGAAAACGACCAACAGUUAACUCAAAUGUUUCAGACUAGGCUUUGAACUGGAGGCAGGCAACCUGUAAUUUACCUACCCAAUUUAAGGGACUUAAAUCCACUCAUGGCUAGCAUGCCAAAAUUGUUUAAGCAGGCUAGUAUUUCUGUUCAGUUGACCAGGCUGGUAGGGAAAAAACAAACACCCUAUAAGCAAUUGUCUUGUUCUGGAGUAUCAUGCCAUAUCCCAGGACUACUGCCACUCGCUACCAAUUCUUAGAGAAGUGCGAUCAUAACCUUAUAGACCUGCCUCACUUCAUUGUGCUUUGCAAAUACUGAGUUUACAAAUUGAAGGUUUAUGGCAACCCUGUGUUGAGCCAAGUCUAUCAACACCAUUUUCCCAAUAGCAUUUGCUCACUUCCUGUCCUAUUUUGUUAAUUCUCAGAAUGUUUCACCUUUUCAUUAUUAUGAUGUUAUCUUUGAUGUUACUGCUAGUGCCUGAAGAUGUGACUGAAUUGCUACAAUCUCAUGAGAAAACUUUAAUGGGGUUGCUUCUUAUGAACAAAAAAUUUGAGAUGGUAGCUACUCCUGGUGAAGAUGCUGUGGAAGAUUGUUGAAAUAACAGAGGACUGAAGAAUAUUACAUCAACUUGGUUGAUGAAACAGUGACAGGUUCUGCGGGGACUCCAAUUUUGAAAGCUCUCUGGGUGAAGUGCUAACAGUAUCAUGCUAGAGAAAUCUUUCUUGGCUCAGUCAAUGCAGUAAACUUCAUGGUCUUAAUUUUAAGAAACUGCCAGUCACCCCAGCUUUCAGCAGCCACCACUCUGAUCACUCAGCAGCCAUCAACAUGGAGGUAAGACCUUCCACCAGCCAAGAUUACAACUCAAAGAUGUUUAGCACUUUUGCAAUAGAUGGUCAGCAUUUUUUGCAAUAAACUUAUUUUAAAAUUAA